AUUGAUUGUUAAUUAGUUGAUUGUUUACUCUUUGACCUUAACCUUAACUCUUGGUUUAUUAAGUAAUCAUAACAUUUCCUUUAAUCACUUAAUUUCUCUUUCAUUUUACUUUAAAGUGACUUACUAAUUCUAAUCAAUUCAAACAUCAACUAAUAUCACGAUUCAAAUACCAAGUACAAUAUGUAACUUUCUACACAAAGUUUACUCUCGAAACGAUAUUUCAACUGUUUUCAUGAAUAUAUCAAUGACCUUGGAAUUUGAAAUUGACAAUUAUUUUCAAUAGUCCAAAGUUCGACAAUGACUUCUAUUCGACUUUCCGCUCACGAGACAUUAGAACAAAAAUAUCUAAAUAUCGUAAAAUGUAAAAAACGCCUUGUACAAUAUUAUCUCUCUCUUGAGUACUCAGAGAGAUAAUCUUACUUUCUUUCUUAAUCUUGCUCUCUCCCUCUUUUUCUCUCUCUAUUUCUCCUUCUAUAUUUAUAACUAUAACUGCAACAAACUUUGAGUGAGCCAGAGUGAGAGUGUUAGAUCGUAAAAGAGAUCGACAGUCAAUAAAACUACGGAAAUCAUUCAAAUCCUAGGCUCAGUUGCGAAAAGGUUUCAUCUUAAUUGUGCCCAUCGAAGGAGAUUCAACUUAUUCCAAUCAUUUUCUCGUUUUCCAAGUUCAUCGAUUCAAUAGUUUCGUUUACUAAUUGUGAUUAAAAUUCGUUAAUUGCUACACUGAAGAUAAAGUUGUCAUACUUUGAUUCCAAAAACCAUCAGAGACCAAAAUGGAAACAGUCAACAGAUCAACACGAUCGAUUAGUAAUCAAAGACAAUCAAUGACAAACGGUGGAUCGAGUGGUUAUCAUGCUUCAGCCAAACGAAGUCGAUCUACAACAAUUACUUAUCCAUCGGCGGUUCUUCGUGAGAAAUCAAUCAUCUGGGGAAUUCCAGUGGAAAGUUUCGAGUUUGCCCAACGAAUGGACAGUGAAGAUCCUUUGUCACAUUUUCGAAAAUCAUUUUGCUUCCCCAAGAAACGUGAUUUACCCUACGUUGAUCCUAAUCGGAUAGAUGAAAAUGCCGAAGCAAUUUACUUGUGUGGCCAAUCGUUAGGACUGAAACCAAAAGCUGCGGACAAAUAUUGUCGAGAGGUUCUUGACAAUUGGGGUCGUAAAGGAGUUCACUCUCAUUUCGACGGAUCUUUACCGGCGGCUUUGUGUGACAUUCCACCAAAAUUACCAAUGUCCAAAUUGGUUGGCGCUCUACCCGGAGAAGUGGCCAUCAUGAAUGGAUUAACUGUUAAUCUCCAUCUAAUGUUAUCAACAUUUUAUCGGCCAUCAGCUCAAAGAUACAAGAUUAUGAUUGAAGAACAUGCAUUUUCCUCUGACAUGUACGCAGUUAAAUCACACCUUACACUUCAUGGUUACCCGGUCGAGGAGAGUUUACUAUUAUUCAAGCCAAGAAUGGGAGAACAUCUACUCCGAGAAGAAGAUAUCGUUUCCAUGAUCAAGGAAUCAGGUAAUUCAGUGGCUCUCCUCCUGUUACCUGGAAUAAAUUAUUACACUGGACAAUUUAUGAACAUUAAGAAAUUGACUCAAUCCGCUCAUGAAAAGGGAAUCAUUGUCGGUGUUGAUGCUGCUCAUGCUGCUGGAAAUGUCUCAUUACAUUUCCAUGAUUGGAAUGUUGAUUUCGCUGUUUGGUGUACAUAUAAGUAUCUCAACUCAGGCCCAGGUUGUAUCGGAGCGAUUUUCAUUCACCAAAGGUUGACCGAAAAGGGAGGAACUUCCCAAUUCCCCAUGUUGAAGGGUUGGUGGGGAAAUAAUAUGAAGACUAAAUUCCUCAUGAAAGAUGAAUUUGAUGCUAGUGCUGGAGCCGAUAUGUUCAGAAUUAGUAACCCGCCACCUUUAUUGGCCGCAUCUUUGAUGUCAAGUCUUGAUAUUUUCAACCAAACUUCAAUGGAGGACAUUCAAAAGAAACAGUUUCUAAUUACAGGGUAUCUUGAAUACAUGUUGAAACAUUAUUUCCAAUCGUACUUUAAUUAUGACAAUAAUGGUGCGACUGAUGUUGAAGAGAUCCGAGCUUUACCAACCGUGAAAAUUAUCACACCCGCUGAUCCAAACCAAAGAGGAUCACAAUUAUCUAUUAUGUUCUCAGUUCCAUUAACUGCCAUCCAAGAAGAGCUUCAAAAAUUAGGAAUCGUGUGUGAUAUAAGAAUGCCUAAUGUCAUGAGAGUUUCACCCGCUCCAUUGUACAAUUCAUUUGCCGAUGUUUAUACUUUCAUCAAUACCCUGAAAAAGAUUUUCGAUGAAUUUGAGGCCAAAGGGGAAGACCAAAAGAACGAGCUUAAUUGUCAAUCGACCGACACUGAUUACUCUCCAAACAGAGGUUCCUCAAUUAGUAGUGUCUCUUCAUCUGACUCUGAGCCUGAAUCAAGUGAAACCAACACCAACUAAAUGAUCAACUGAUUAUCCCAAAUUCGAUGGUGAAAAAAAGGAUAAACACUACGUUGAGGAAGAAAAAACUGAAUCUAAUCCAUUAUUCGGAUCAAACAAUUGGCAAAAUUUUGUACUGUAAUUAUCUUAAUCUUUUCUUAAUUCUUUAAAUAUUAUAAUCUUAUACAUAAUAAUUGUACGUUAUAUAUAUUUCGUUAACUCAUAAAAGAUACAUUUGUUUACCUACUAAAUUAUGUAAACACGAUUAACGUGUAACCAAUUGAACGAGAAUCAAAGGUGAUUUGAAACAAUUUGUACACAUUAAUAAACGUUUUAUUAAUCCAUCAUUA